AUGAGACAGCAAAGUAAUACCUCGAUCUCAUCUGAUGUUAAGAAAUGCAAUCGAUUGAUUUUGGGAGUGACUAUUAUGCUUGCAUUUGUACUAAUCAGUUUGACUGUCACAACACUGAUCUUCGUCGUCAAGAUUGACAAACGAGAGAGUACUUUGCAAUUGGAACCAUUGACAACCACUCCGACGACGAUAGAACAAGAAAACACCACUUUUGUUCUCCCGAUUACAGAUCGAACGGCAUAUCAUUUUAUUGUUGUCGGUUGUGGUACGAGUGGCGCUGUACUCGCUUCUCGCUUGAGCGAGAAUCCGCAUUUUCGCGUCAUUUGCAUUGAAAAAGGACCACGUGAUCUCCCGAAUGAAGCUGAAUGGAGUGCAAUGAAGAUUCCAAACGAUUUCAACUUCAUAUCUCCUCAUGAUCCAGUUAUCAUCACUACUCGUCAACAAAGUUUAAACAAAUUAGUUUACAUUCCGCGCUCCAUGGGUUUAGGUGGAACAUCACGAAUAUACGGAAUGAUCAACGCAAGAGCAAGUCCUGACAUGUUGAAAGAAUGGCCUGAAGGUUGGCAAUAUGAACACUUCCUACCUUAUUAUAAAAAGUUAGAAGAUCACUACUGCCAUCAUAUGUUGACAAAUAUUUCAACAGAAGAUUGUGAAUUGUAUCAUGGCAAAUCCGGCCCAAUGCAAGUCAACAGUCUCGAUUCAUUGUUAUUUCAUAAUGUAAGUCAAGCUUUUAGAGAAAUUUGUUAUGAUACCAAUCAACCAUGGAAUGGCUAUUCGACCGAUUACAACGGCGACCUUAUCAACAGACCGCAUAGCUGUUCUAUGUUUGAGCAAUUUAAAUAUCGUCCUUCUGGUACAUCGUCGUGGUUUCGUGGUAGUAGUAAAACAGGAUAUUUAACAACAGAGGUUUUGAAACGUCCGAAUUUGUCGAUCGUUGUGGAUUCAACAGUAACACGUAUCAUAUUCGAUGAUACUGCUCGAGCAAUUGGAGUGGAAUACUACGAUACAAGUUCGCAUACAGUAAAACGAAUUACUGCGUUAUACGAAGUUAUCCUCGCUGCUGGUGCUUUUGCGACUCCCCAUCUACUUCAAGUUAGUGGUAUAGGUGAUCCUGAUCAUUUGCAGACUAUCAAUGUGUCUCUAGUAGCCAAUAACACUCAUGUAGGAAAAUAUCUGGCUGAUCACAUCAGUCUUCCUUAUAUUGUUCAAUUGCAUGAUUGUGAUGAAACGUUCAACGACAUGAAUGGUCCUUUCUCAUGGCUAGUACAAUUCAAUUCUGGUGUUCGAACAAAUCAAAGUAAGAACAUUCGAGAUAUUCAAAUCUAUGUGCUGGAUGCCAGUGAUGGAAGAUUUACUCAUGCAAGUCGAUUUUGUUCCGAAAUAAAAGCCGAUCGAUGUGGUGUAUCAAAGCCUGGUACGAUUGCAACCCUUCGCAUUACUCUUCAGAAUACUGACUUUUCAUCGGGAACAGUCAAAGCGCCGACAAAUUCAAUCUUCGAUAAACCUGAAAUCGAUUUGAACUGGACAAAACUUAGCGAUAAUGAUAGAAACACUUUUUUAAUGGCUGUUCAUCUCCUCCGAUCCUACACACUCAACAAAUCAUCCGAAUUCGGCCAACUAAUCGCUGGUGAAAUUCUACCAGGUCCUCUCACUUUUGACGAAUACUUCAAGUUUAUGGAAAGUGCCCUUCAUCCCACAUGUUCAUGUCGAAUGGGUUUUUGCACUGACAAAGAAUUACUUGUCCGAGGAACGACAUCGUUGCGAGUCUGUGACGCAUCCAGCUUUGGCUCUCAAAUAGACGCGAAUCCGUCUGCGACAAUCUAUGCUAUGGCUGAAAUGCUAUCUGACAAGCUGAAAAGACAAUAUACGUCACAGCAUCGAGUGGGUACAUGGAAAACGCGCCAGUCUAUGCUGGUAUUUGAAAGCGAUGGCAUCGUAUCAUGUUCCAAAAUAGCUGCGUUCGACUUAGAAGGGACAUUGAUCCAUACAAAUCCUAACAACGUUUCGAAUUGGUACUUGUUCAAUAGUUUUGUCAGAUCACGACUUCAACAUUUGCAUUCUGAUGGUUACAAAAUUGUUAUUUUUACUGAUCAAGCCAACGUUACUUCGAAACUCGAAUUUCAAUUACAAUGGCAAAGUAAGAUAGAAAUGAUUGCUACCGCCCUAAAAGUUCCUAUUCAACUCUUUUCUUCGACUACUAACGAUGACUACCGUACGCCACGCGUAGCCAUGUGGCGUGAUUUUACUUGGCUGUUCAAUGAUGGUAUUAAUAUCGAUUACAAAGCAUCGUUUUAUGUAUCGAAAUAUAGAAGAGAGAACUUUUCCGAUGUACAUAUACAGUUUGCUGCUAACAUUCCAUUAGCAUACUAUUCAUCGGAUCAGCAGUUUACAAAUGCUUCGUCUUAUCCAACUGUACGACAUUUCAAUAUCAUACAAACUGUUCGGAUUAGCAAUACGGCUGAGGUUGUCUGGAAGCUGAUUGGCGGGUUUUUUUCGAUUCAUAAAUGGCACCCACAAAUCUCAGCUUGCGAGAAAGUGGAUGAUCCACAGCAGCUAUUCGUGAAAAGACGACUUGUUUUCUUUGGACAAAUCAUUGAGACAAUCGAACAAUUACAAGUUUUAGACAAUUAUAAACGAGAAUAUCAGUAUAAAAACAUUGGCGGAAGGUGGGGGAAAGCUGUGCAAAAUUACGCAUCAAAACUUAGUGUGAUGGAAGAUGAUAAUGGUCGUUCGGUUAUUGUUUCGUGGAGUGCUUCAUUUGAUAGUCAAACUGAUAUUGUUACUACUUUUUACCGUACUGGUUUAGAUGCCUUAGUUGAGUUACUAUCAUCCCCAUUGAUGUGUUCAUCGUAUACAGGCAAUAAUUUCAAAGAGAAGCUAUUUUCCAGGAAGGAUCAAGCGAAUCCGUCGAUAUACUGGCGACAAGAAUACAAUAUCAAUGCAAGUGAAUUAUGGAAACAUAUUGAUACUCAGAACAGAGUAUUAAAUGAUCAAUUACCAAAAUCUCAUGGGAGUCUAUUAUCUUAUGAUCGAGAUAACUAUGAAUUGACAUACUGUACGUCAACAAGUACUUCACAAUCGUCGUUUGUAACAAAGUAUAUUAGUAUGGAAAAAGUGAUCUCAACCGAUUCGACAUCUUCUGCUUGGAUACGAACAGGAUAUAUUAUUAGUAUGACGAAUGACAGAAGUGUUGAUGAUUUCGCCAAUCAUAUUCUGGAAAAUAUUUUUGUAGCGGAAGGAGAUAAACUACGUCAACAAUUAUCAAAAUUGAACACUUAG